AUGGCAUCAGCAGGACUAAUUGGCUCCACUGGUCUAGUGGGUUCCCAUAUCUUGAAUUCUCUUCUUGCCAGCUCUGCAAUUAGUCAUGUCAACACCUUUUCUCGCCGUCUCCCGCAGGUGGAAUCAUCCAAGCUCACAGCGUUUGCCUCUAAGGAAGCUCCUCAAUGGGCUAGUCAGAUAGGCAAUCUCCCUGCACCGGCCUUAUUCUUCUCCUCUUUCGGUACUACUCGAAGUGCAGCAGGUGGCUUUGAAAACCAAUACAACAUUGAGCAUGGGCUGCAUUUGGAAUUAGCUCGCGCAGCAAAACAAGCUGGGUCACGCAUUUUCGUUUUAAUUUCUUCCUCGCACGCCAACCAUCAAUCAUCUAUCCCGUAUGCUCGGAUGAAGGGCGAGAUUGAAGAAGAUAUCAAAGGGCUGGACUUUGAAAAGACAGUCAUUCUGCGCCCUGGAGUGGUUACAGGUGAUCGCAAGGAAAGCAGACCUGCUGAGACUGUGGCACGAUACUUGCUAGGAGCAGUUGGGAGGGUUAAUACUUCAUGGAAGGACAGUCUGGCUCAGGAUGCAGAUGUCAUUGCACAGGCUGCGAUCAAUGCGGGUCUGAGGGCAUUGAAGGGCGAUUGUGCUCCAGGCAAUCAAAGGGUUUGGAUUCUGGAUGGGAGGGAAAUAAUUGAAAUUGGACGGAGAUAG